AUGAAAAUUUUGCGGCUACGUAUGGUGGAUGGAAUUUAUAGCACGUUUCGCAACGUUUCAGUCACAGAAAAUAUUACACGACGUAUGUUAGAAGACCCAGAAUUUCUGAAAGCAUAUGUCUUAGAAAAUCUCGCAUUCGUGAAGACAGUGCCAAACUUCGUCCAAUACUGGGCUUCUCGCAAACGAGAUCUCUUUGCCAUAAUUCGUCAACUUGGUAAACCAACCAUCUUUCUCACUAUAAGUGCAAACGAAAUACGAUGGAUGAAAUUGCUUACUAUACUUCUCAGACUGAGUAAUAAAUAUCCUGGAAAAUCAGCAGGAGAACUCAACACUUCCGAGCGGUGUACUUUAGUUAGCGACAAUCCUGUGACGUGCUGCAUUUACUUCUACAAGCUCAUCGGUUCCUUGAUGAAAAUGCUGGAAUCCAAACAGUCCUAUAAUCUAUUCAGAGAGUAUUUUGUCAUUCGUAUUGAGUUCCAGCAUCGAGGAAGCCCCCACGUACACAUUUUAUUGUGGUUAAACAACGACCCACAUGAAACCCCGUCGUAA